AUGUCUGAUGUGAAAGCCUGUCCCAAUGUGAGUGGAAAUCCUCCUCCACCAGAAGUCUUAAAUCCCAAAAAGCCUGGACGCGUAACCAAUCAACUACAGUAUCUCGAGAAGGUGGUAAUCAAAGCUUUAUGGAGGCAUCACUUUUCUUGGCCCUUUCGCCAGCCUGUUGAUGCAGUAGCACUGCGUCUCCCAGACUAUUAUUCAAUUGUUACAAAUCCUAUGGAUCUGGGCACUAUUAAGAAGCGUCUUCAGAACAAAUAUUACUGCCAAUCGCUUGAGUGUAUACAAGACUUCAACAGCAUGUUUACCAACUGCUACAUGUACAACCGGCCUGGAGAUGACAUUGUUUUUAUGGCACAGAGUCUGGAGAAGCUUUUUUUGCAGAAGGUGUCCCAGAUGCCUAAGGAAGAGUUGGAAGUUACAGCAGUCACUACAACAGAACCAGUGAAAGUGAGAAAGACGAAUGCAGGUGCAUUAAAGCAGAGAUCCCUUGUGUCAGAAGUUGUUCUCCAACAGACAGUGACCGUCAUCCCUCCCGCUGUGCCGCAGUUCAUCCCACCCUUACAGCUCUCUGCACAAUUUGAUGCAACAAUUAAAAAAGGUUUUAAGAGGAAAGCCAACCCCACACCCUCCACCACCUCAGAGUUCCCCCCCAUUGAGGCGUCCCCUGCUGAGGACCAUUCAGCACCUUGUACUUUAUCCUCCAGAAGAGGCUGUGGCCGGCCCAUUAAACCUCCUAAGAAAGACUUGCCUGCGUUUGAGGGAAAGAAGGGCAGACUGUCUGAGCAGCUCAGGUACUGCAGUGACAUCCUGAAGGAGAUGCUCUCAAAGAGGCACUAUGCAUAUGCAUGGCCCUUUUAUACCCCUGUUGAUGCGGUUGCUUUGGGCUUGCACGACUACCAUGACAUCAUCAAGCAGCCUAUGGACCUGAGCACCAUCAGGAAAAAAAUGGAUCAACGUCAGUAUGCAAAUGCAAAGGAAUUUGCUGCUGAUGUGCGACUGAUGUUCUCCAACUGUUACAAAUACAAUCCACCUUCACAUGAGGUGGUCUACAUGGCGAGAAAGCUCCAGGAAAUUUUCGAGGCUCGUUAUCUCAAGAUUCCCCAAGAACCAGAGGGUGGUUCCAUACCUCGUCAGAGAAUUAUGAAGGGAAAAGGAGACAGAGUUGGGAGUUUGUCAACCUCAGCAAGUUCUGAAAGUGAAAGUUCCUCAGAGUCAGAAAGUUCAUCCGAAGAAGUGGCCAUGCAGCUGGCCAACCUAGAGGAGCGGUUGAAAGCUGUCAGUGAUCAGCUGAAGAGACUUAGCCAAGACCCCCUGAUGAAACCAAAGAAAAAAGGAGUUGAAAAGUUGAAAAAGGAAAAAAGAUCUAAAGAAAAAGAUAUUGCUCGACUAAAGCACAAAUCCUCAAAAUACCAAUCUAUUGUAGAAAAAAUCGCCAACAGCAAGAGCUCUUCUUUGCCUGGCAACAAACACAAUAUUCAGAGAACACCCAUAAAAUGUGAGGAUGAGGUCCCAUCAACACCAAUGACUUACCAGGAGAAGAAGCAGUUGAAAUUGGACAUUGACAAGCUUCCCGGUGACAAACUGGGCAAGCUGGUGAACAUCAUUCAUGCCAGGGAGUCUUGCCUGCGAGAUUCCACUCUAGAGGACAUUGAGAUUGACUUUGAAAUGCUCAAGCCUUCCACACUGAGAGCCCUUCAGAGGUUUGUUGCAACAUGUCUGAGGAAAUGCCAAAAAAAGCUGAUGAAGCCCACAGAAGGAAUCCAGACUGGGAAACUAAAGGAUGCUGGAAGAUCUGGGGUUGUCAGUAAAGAGCAGCACUUGGUUAAGAAAAAAAAGACAGAAGCUAAAUUCAUGGCGUCUCCUGACCUCAGCUGCAGCAGCAGCAGCUCGUCAUCCAGCUCUGACAGCAGCAGCAGUAGUAGUCAAUCUAGCACUUCUGAGAGCAGUGACUCUGAAACAGUGCCCAAAACAAAGAAGCAGAAAAGUAAAGAAUCUUGCCAAAAGGUUAAGACAAAGUCAAAGGUCCCACGUGCUGCCUGUAAUAAGCAGAUAAAGGAGGCAAACAAUUUGACAAAAGCCUCAGUGGAGACGUCUCAGCCUCCUCCUGCUGUGCAGCCCUCAGCAGCAGAGACUGAAGGCCACCCGCCAUGCCCUAAUGAUGAGCUGACUUUAUCACCUCCAGAUUUGUCUGCCCUUUUAUCGCCCAUGGCAUCUCCAGAAGUUUUGCUGGACUGGGCUGCUGCCAGAUUUGAGCAGGGCCCAGUGCUGUCCCCUCUGAGAGAGAGCCCACUACAGUCGAAAGAUGAGACGAGGCCCAAUUUCAGAUACCCUGAGGAUGUCCUUGACAGCCAGUUGACUGAUGUGCCUUUCACAAACUCAGCAAGUAAAUCUGCUGAAGAGGAAAAACCCCAAAUUCCCAAAAAGGACAUUGUUCUGAAAAAUGCUGAGUCUUGGGCGAGACUGGUGAGACAGUCAGUCACUCCAGCUACAAUCAAGUCCUCAAAGGAAAGCUUCCAGCAUUUCCGGAAGGCUGCCAUUGAGAAAGAGGAACGAGAAAAAGCACUGAAGAAGAAACAGAUUGAAGAAAACAAGGAGAAGGAGGCUCCGGAAAACAGCAGCCUUCCAGGCCCAUGUAAAGCAGAACAAAAUCCACAGCCUAUUAAAGAGGAUGCUGAUUCACCAGAGAGCAUUUGCACAGAGGUUGCCUUAGAUGUGUCCAAAGAUGUCGAGCAGCCAAUGAAGCCAAAGUCUCCCAAGGAAACACGACCUCUAACCACACAGUCCUCAGUAGAUAAGGAAAGGGAGAUGGCCCGCAGAAAGGAACAAGAGCGUCGCAGGCGAGAGGCUAUGUCUGGUAUUGACAUGACUAUGCAGCAGGACAUCAUGACUACAUUUGAGCUUAACCUGGACUAA